UAGAGAGAGAGAGAGAGAGAGAGAGAGAGAGCAAUACAGAGAGAGGACUCGCUGCAGUGCAGGUGGAUCACAACUGAAGAGGAAGGUUCAGAGGCAGCAGUGUAACUCUAACUGGCUUUUAUCAGCAGUGUUGGAAUUUGAGCGUAGACUGCAAGCAGCAGAGAAAAACAGAGACAUGUGUUUUGCCCCGGCUGCUUACUACUACUGCCUGAUCUCUCCCAUUCAGUGACCAAGGAGGAAGCACAAGGUGAGAGUCAGAGCGGCGGCCACAGAGCGAGUGUGAGAGGUGAAGCAGGCAUGAGCGCGGACAGCCAUCAGGAGGUGGUGACCACCCCUCCCACGCCCAGUGGAGGGACCAAGGAGCGCUACUUCGACAGGGUCAACGUCAACGAUCCGGAGUACAUCAGGGCCAGGAACAUGUCACCUGACCUCCGGCAGGACUUCAACGUCCUGGAGCAGAAGAAACGUGUCACGCAGAUCUUACAGAGCCCCGCCUUCAAGGAGGAGUUGGAGAGUCUCAUCCAGGAGCAGCAGCGGAUAGGGAACAACCCCACCGGCCUGCUGGCCCUCAGACAGAUCGCUGACUUCUUCAUGUCCACCUCCGUGGGCGGCUUCAACACCUCCCCCCUCAGUCUGGGGAUGGUCACUCCCAUCAACGAUUUGUUCGGAGCGGAAAACACCACGAUGGUGAAAGGCGAGAAGCUGACGCGCUGUAAACUGGCCAGCACCUACAGACUGGUGGACCUGUUCAGCUGGGCCCACCUCUCCAACUCCUACAUCACAGGUCGAGUCAGCAAAGAGCAAGACCACAUCCUCAUGAUCCCCAGAGGACUGUCCUUCGCUGAGGCGUCCGCAUCAAAUCUGGUGAAGGUCAACAUCCUCGGGGAUGUGAUCGAACAGGGCUCCACCACCCUGAGGAUCGACCCCGCAGGUUUCAGCCCCCACGCCGCCAUCUACUCCAUGCGUCCAGACAUCCGCUGCAUCCUACAUCUGCAAACUCCCGCCAUGGCUGCUGUGUCAUCCAUGAAGUGUGGCAUCCUGCCCAUUUCCCAGGAGGCAUUGAGCAUUGGUGAUAUCGCCUACUACAGCUACCAGGGCAGCCUGGACGACCAGGAGGACCGCAGGGAGCUGCAGAAGGCCCUGGGGCCUACAGCAAAGGUUCUGGUGCUGAGGAAUCACGGUAUAGUUGCUCUCGGAGAGACCAUCGAAGAGGCCUUUACCUACAUGUACAAUGCCCAAUAUGCCUGCGAAAUCCAGGUGAAGGCCCUGGCGUGUGCCGGCGGGGUGGACAACCUGAUAGUGCUGGACUCGGCGAAGUUGAAAUCACAGGUGCACACCGUUGCCAAGGAUGGAUCUGUGAACAUGGGCGCCACUCUAAAGUGGAAGUUUGGCGAGAUGGAGUUUGAGUCUCUGAUGAGGAUGCUGGAUAACCUGGGCUACAGGACAGGCUACACGUACAGACACCCCAUCAUCAGAGAUAAGCCCAGGCACAAGAGCGACGUGGAGAUCCCCGCCACGGUCACGGCCUUCAUGUUCGAGGAUGACGUGGACAGCAGCGCCACGAGGCUGCCCUUCAAGUUCCUGCAGCAGAGGCAGCAGAGGGAGAAGACGCGCUGGCUCAACUCGCCCAACAGCUACACCAAGGUCAGCGUGGAGGGUGGAGAGGAGCGCUACAACAGCCGGACAACCACGUGGAUGAAGGCGGAGGAGACGGGAACCCCGAUCCGGAUCGAGGACCCCAAUCAGUUUGUCCCUCUCAACACAGACCCCACUGAGGUGCUGCAGAAGAGGAACAAAAUCAGAGAACAGAACCGCUUUGAUAUGAUGUCGUCGGGGCCGCGCUCUCAGCACCUCGCAGGCAUCCCUGUUGAUGAACCGCGACGGCCAUACGUGCCCACAGAGGAGGAGCAGAUGGCUCCCUUGCCUCCCAACCCCUUCAGUGAGCAGGCAGAGAAGGAGCUGCAGGAGUACCGCACAAACGUGGAGAGGAGGCAUCUAGGCCCCAAUGAUGGAGAGCACGAUCUAACCUCCGACGACGGCUCCACUCUCUCUCAGUCUCUGUCUCUCACGCAGUCCCCGCAAAGCACUCCAGCUAAAGAAGACAACCACACGGGCCUGAUGAACGGCAAAGACAACCACGGCGCCGUGGACGAGGAGCUGUGCAAGCGCGUCAGCCAGCUGACCACCAGCGUGGAGAGCGUGGAGAUCACGGUGCGCUCCGGCGAGAAGAUCGAGGAGGCGCUGUCCCCCGAGAGCUCGCCCUCCAAGUCGCCCAACACCAAGAAGAAGAAGAAGUUCCGCACCCCGUCCUUCCUGAAGAAGAACAAAAAGAAGGAGAAGAUGGAGGCCUGAGAGCUGACGGGAAGGUCGUCUGCGAGGAGGAAGAAAGAAGGGCGGCAGCCACCUUGUCUGUUUAAUGUCUGUGUUUUUAUUUUGUCUCCGUUUUCAAUGUCCUUAUUUUAUUUUUUAACAAAAAGGUUUUAUGUGCAAAAGGCAGAAUAACAGAUUAUAUAGAAAAAAAAAGAAUUGGUUUUCAACAAAAGAAAAAGAAAGGUCUCUCCUGAUAGAAGACAAUAAUGUUUGUGAAAAAUAUUGGGAUGUGUGUGCAUAAAUUAGAGAUGCAGCAGAUUUGGGGUGACAUAGUUGGGUGUCGGGUGUCUACACAUGUGAUCACCUAUGCAGUACUCUAACACGGCUCCUUGGUGUCAUGUGAGGCCAUUUAGAUCCUGAAUAACUGGCUCCUCCUGUGUGUUUUCCCAGGCUGAUAAUAGAACUGGAAAACACCUUGCAUAUUUCUUGCUUUAAAAUCCAAUUUUAUUCAAUGAUUGCGUUGCAACAUGAGUUUUUAUUAAAUUGCACAAGUUGAAACUAAACCUUUUUUUUUAUUUUUAGGACUCCCUCCUGUCUUUUUUAUGGUUUAGUUUUUUUACAUCCUGGCCACCUGACUCUCCAUAGUGAACUGAGAGGCCACAUGAAAUUUGAAGUCACACUGGAAAACUGGUCUCAGAAUGAACAGCCAAAAGGGUUUGUGUUGAUUUAUUUACUGUGUGAUACAAAGCUUCUCUUCAGCUGAUUGUGGUUGAACUACAAGAUGAGUUAAAAUCUGAACUGGACAACAAAGUGAGGAUGAAGGCCGGCAGUUUAUCACAGCUAGGUUGACGUAAUCGCAAAGAGCCGCUGACUCACUCAGAAUAUUUAUGUAGCAUUUUCACGUCUUCUCCUCUUCAUCUCAAUGUUGUCUUUGCCAAACUAAAAAACAAGAAACAAUCUCAUUUCAGUAGAGCGUCACCGCUUUGUGUCUAGUUUGUCAUCUCAUGAAACAUGAUCUUUUUUUUAUUCAACACAAAAUUUGGUAUUAGUCGACUCUGUUUUGUACUCAUUUGUAAGCUUUUACAGAGAAUUACAACUGUUACGCACGUUUUCUCUUUUUUGCAAGAGCUGAGUUUAUAUGGCUGACUAUGUUCUUUGGGGAUGCCUGAUUGCUGAAAUGAUAUUCUAAUCUUCAGAGUACACAAAUUUACUAUAUAACACAGAUAUAUGACAACUGGAUACGUUGGCUAUAGAUUUUUAACUAUAUAUAUUUUUUAUUUUAUUGUGCUGCACUUUUUCUUGUGGUUUAUAACCCGUUUCAGUUGCAGGUGGUUUCACCAGUGAAGGAGAUUGUGAAGUAAUUUGAUAAAAAAAGUUGUGCAAGUAGCAAGCAAGGCAUUGUGUCAGAGAAAGGUCAGGACCCCGAAAGUGAGUCGAACGAAGCAGGAAAGAAUAGUCUUUCGUUGGUGUCGCAUAUAAAAAAUAAAAAAAAAUCAUCUCUACUUCUCAGCAAAACAAAACAAAACAGGAAGUGUAGUGUCGAAAUGCUACGUCCAAAAUCUGCAGUCGCCAGCUAAAAAUGAGAGUCACGGGUGGUGGAGUGAGGAGCGGUGACACCUUUUUUUUUUGUUUGGCGUGUUUGCGCGUUUGUUUUUUAAGCCAUAUUCAAUAAUUUUUUCUUCCUCCAUUGUUUUUUAAUGAUGAGACAAGGGUUGCGAUUGUCGUCUGCCUGCUCGGGCGUCAAGAACCCUAACAAGACCUCUGUUAAACCUCCCAGUGACUGCACCGACACCCCUCAGGCUCUUGAGAAAAUGUAUUUCCUUUUCAGACGCUACGCUUCCUUUGCUUUAUUUUGACAUUUUAUUUCCUCCUAGAACUGGAACAUUACAAGGAGGCCGUAUGGACAUUUCUGAGAGCCCAGUCGUCAUUUCAGCUUCUAAAGCCCCCCCCUCGUGUAAUUAAACCAGUAAACACGAUCGUGCUUGUAACGGUCAGAUGACCCACGGUUGAACUCAGCAAAGCCAAAGUGAUGGGUUGCCACAUAAUCUCCCCCUCCCUCUGCCAGUUUAACCAGAUUUACCAAUAUCCCAGCUAGCAAUGUGAAGUAUUGGACUUGGGGGGAGGGAGGGGAGGGUUUAGAGACACAUCUUUAGCUGUGUUAAACGAUAGCUUUUGGCUCUGGGCAAAAGAGCUAAGUUCACACAACCGGAAGAUGGAGAAGGGAGGUGUGAGUUUGGAAAUGGAAGUGCAUAUAAAUAUAUAUAUAUAUGUGUGUGUGUGUGUGUAUUAGUAGAGAGGGACAGUGGGUAAGGACAACCUGACACUAACACACCAUGCUUUCAUCACUCAGACCGUCUUCUUCUUUCAUACCAUAUCUCCUCCCGGAAAGUUCUUCUUUUAUUUUCAUCCUCCAUGUUUAUCGCAGUACGCUUUCUUUCUUUUCUCUUAGUUUGCGGAGAACGAUAGGCUUCUUUUUUUAUUUUAUUUUUUAUUAACCAUUUUAUGAGCAAAUUGCUCCCCGGUGAACUGAAUGUGCAUUGGAUCCUUGUUAUUUACUCCACUUUUGUUUCCCACAGUUUGCACCUUUCUUUACUAAUGCUCUCUAUCCACCUUUUUUUUCUGUUUUAAAAAAAAAAAAAAAAAAUUGUUUUGGCAUGCCAGAAUGAGCCAAGCUACUUUGUGACCUGUGAAAAUCCUAUAUAAAUGGUUAUCUAAUGGAGUUGCUUUUAGAUGUAUUGCUAAUCAGUGUAAAUUCACAAAUAAAGCUG